CUGAAAUUCUUCAAGACGGUCGGACAAUUACUGUAUAUUCUUCGUUAAUUCUAAGUAUGAUGGAUACUAAGGUAGUAAACGACCUCACAGAAACAAACUCGCAAUCCUGCUCAUUUUGUGGGAAAAGCGGAAAGAAUCUGAAUGACGCAACCAACGAUCUGAACGAGACCAACGCUGAAAAGUUCUCUCGUGGAUUCUCCCCUCUCCAUUGCUAUAUUCGAACAAUGGAACUGUUUCUUAAGGUAGCAUAUCGACUAAAAAUGGAAAAACCGACAUGGCGCGUAGCGAAGUCUAACGAAGCUGUCCGUCAACGAGAAGCCACCAUUCGAGCCGAAAUAAAACGAAGACUAGGGCUCAGAAUUAGCGAACCGUUACCGAGCGGUGGCAACAGCAAUGAUGGUAAUACCUCACGAACGUUCUUCAAAGAAUGGCGUACAAUCUGCGAAAUUACGGGGUUGAAUGAAGACCUACUGGAGAGAAUGUACAUCAUUCUAGUUAUUAUCAACUGUAAGAGUGAUAUCAACGUGGAAGUAUUCCAAAACUACUUGGAAACGACUAGGAAACUUUAUAUCAGCCUAUAUGGUUGGUAUCCGCUGUCUCCAACUCUCCACAAAAUUUUGGUCCACGGCGGUGCCAUCGCGAAGCACAGUACUGUUCCUGUUGGAAUGUUGAGCGAGGAAGCACUGGAGACUCGGAACAAGUCUAUCAGAAAGUUCCGAGAAUUCCACUCCAGGAAAUUCAGCAGAACGGCAAACAUCGAAGACGUCUUCCAACGUUUGCUUCUAACAUCCGAUCCAGUGAUUUCCUUGAUGAAUAGGAAAAGCAGCGAUUCUCCUUUAAACUCUCUUCCAGCCAAAGCUCAAGAACUUGUUAUUUUGAAUUGAAUUGAAAAGAUAUGUAGUUUUAAUUUUUAUUUGUUCUAAGCUCAAUAAACCAAAAUAUUAAGUAUAUACAUACUAAUCGAUUGUUUUUAGAAAUCCAACAUAGAGAGAAAAGUAUGGAACCUUUCAUUAGGGUAGCAUUGACAGAAGGUUCUUUGAAACGUUGAUAGUGUUUAUUUUUUAGUUAAAAAUCCAUUUUUUUAAAUAUGUUUUUAUGUGUUGAUUCUUCAAAAAAACUUAGUUCUAGACAAUUUUAAAGCAUUCAAUUGCGCACCUUUUUGCCGAAGACAUCAUACCUGUAUUUUGUAUAUUCUUGAAGUUAUGGCCAUUUUUUGAUGAAAAAUGACAUAUUUUCAAAAAUUAAUUAAGCGCUUUAAACAAAAAACACUUCUUUUAUUUUUUCACCAUCGAACAAUGAAAGUGAGAUCUUUUGAAUGGAUUUAAAAGAUUGAA